UGUUCUAAAAGAAUACCCGGAACCGUUCAUCACGAAUUUUGACGCUAUCUAUUUGACUUGAGGAACUUCGUGAGCAUCUUCUGUCAGUCAGACUGACAUUCACUGGAAAAGUACAUGUCACACUGGCAUGGCUUUGGUUAUAGCUAUGGACAGUAUAUUGACCGUUUUUGUUUAAAACAUAUAUAUUGAUAAGCCUUCUUUAAGCAAAAUUAUAUCAUGUAAAGUUACAGUGUCAACUGGACUACAUGUUAGCAAGAUGCACAUAAUGUCAGCUAGCUCUGCACGUAGCUGGUCAGUAGCCUAUGCAGGAAUUGGUGCAUGUUGUGGACGCCUGAAGGAGCCUAAAGCCCUGAUGAAGUUUGGCCUAAGUGUGGUGCUCAUAGGUCAUGUAAACUUCCUGUUGGCAGCAUUGGUCCAUGGUGCAGUGCUGCGGCACAUCCACCUGCACCCACAGGCGCGAGGAAUGGAGUAUGCCAUCUCUAAUGUUAUUGCCAUGGUUGCAGGACUAACGGGUGUCAUCAUUGGUAUAAUGGCCAUCGUAUUGUCAAAAAACAACUCUCGUCGAGCGCUUACGUGGGGAUUGUGGGCACUGAGCUUGGUCUCCGCUCUGCUGGCUGCAGCCUCAGCAGCUGGGUUGCUCUACUCCACAGUGAGGGCAAUUGUCAAUCAUGGCCGGAGCUUGCUGACUCAUUGCCGUUUCCCAGAUGUGAUCGGGUCCUACUCCUACAUCACAAAUAAGUGCCCUUUUGACCCUACCCGUAUAUAUAGCACCACUCUGAUCCUGUGGUUUCCUCUGAUUGUGAUGAGCGUGGUGCAACUCAUAUACUCCAGCUGGUGCCUCUCUGUCUGCUCAUCUUUCCUGGGCCUUUCCUGCUGCCUUAGACACAAGCCACCCCGAGAGAUAAACAGGCCUCAUGUCCGAGGUCACCACAAUGAAAAUCAGGCACGUCCUCCUGAGCAGCAUGAGCUCCUUGCACAAGCACGGCCACUGCCCCGUUCUCUCCAGUCUUCUUCACAGCCCAGCCGUGCCUCCCAGGUCAGCCGAGACAGCUUCUGGAUCUGAGGACUCCCACCACAGUACUCAUCAUGAUCAAAAGGGUUUCUGAUAUUAUGGAGUUGUGAUGUGCCCUAUUCAGUCACCUCAGCUGACAAAGCAUACAAAGCCAGGCCAGGUUAUUUUACUAGGUUUCAUUAACAGUUGUUCAAUUUGAAUGAUCUUUGUUUGAACUGUUUAAAGAAUAAAUUAUGGUAUAAAUGAAUAAGUGAGAAUUACAGGAAUGUUAGGUGUGUAAGUGAGAGAGAAUGAGCAUGAGUGGGUAGGUAGUAGGGAUUUUAACCGGUAGCCAUUUAACCGGUGGUUGACCGAAUCAACAUUGACCGGUUAAAAUGUUCUGCCGCCGGUUAAAAAAAAAAAAAAAAAACUGCAAUAUUGUGACAAACUUCACUGCUUGUUAGUGGCUGCAUGUUGACUAUGGCAUGAUGAUAAUUGUAACAAUGUAAUGGCAGACGAAGACACGCAAGACUAACUUAGCAUAUGCCUUCUUGUUGUGUUUUAUUAUUCAUCUGUACUUAAAUGGCAUGACGACAGGAACUUAUUGCAAAGGAUUUUGUGCAGCACGCUACAGAGGCUGUUGGCAAUCGGUACGUUUUUUUACGAAGACGUUGGUUAAUAUACUUUCUUGUAACACCACCAAAUGUAGCGUUCUCUGUUUGUGACUUUGUAACGUGAGCUUUUUAUAGCCCAAGCUCGGUGCCGCGUUGCAUGGAAGGUCGACGUUGUGCGUAAUGUGUGCCUGUGCGUGGGUGCGCAGGGAAAGCAAUUAUUUUUCUCCCCAAAACAAAACCCUUAUUCCUCCACAAGUAGUGGACAAUGAUUGGGGAAAAUGUAUAAUACAAAGGGCACAAACUAACAUUGGUGACGGGAGCCUAACCAUUCUAAAAUAGAAUUUUCGGUGACCGACUUUAACCGGUUAAUGAGGCUCAGUGGCCGGUUAAGAUUUUUUUAAAAUUUCGCCAUCCCUAGUAGGUAGUGGAUAUGUGUGGGAGUAUGUUAGGUAGAAUUAGGUACAACUUAAGUGUUUUAUAAUUGAUUGAAGGGCAUGCAUACAUUGUUUGAUAUGAUUUUUUAAAUGAGUACUUUUUUUGUUCAGUAAAACAUGAUUGUCCCCUGCAGGAAAGCAUGUUUCUGGUACCAUUUUCACCAUUUAAAAAAGGAAUACCAACACACAAGCAGAUUCCCAAAACCACUUUUGAUAAAGCAUAGGCACACCUGGAGUGUCAAACACAUAAGUAUAUUUGUCAUUAAUUGAGGAAAAAAGGGACUGUGGUGGUCUCCUCAUAUGAGGACUUUCAUGCAACAGAAAAAUAAGAUACUCAACAUAGGUAUCAGAAAUCUUGGUACAAAUAUGGAAGCAAUGUGAAGAACUACACAAAAGAGAUGACCGACUACUUUAACUGUGCAAACAAAAGCACCAUCACAGAACACAAGAGGCAGGACCGACUACAGAACUGCAGGGCCUAAAGAAAGUUAUGCCAAGGGAGAGUACUGUUCUGCGGCUGCAAGCAGCUGUUUGAAGGGGAAUGUAGAUGAAAGCCGUGAUUUUUUUUUUUUUUUUUUCCCUUUCAAAAAGUGGAGUAAGCCCUUGGUGGCAACUCUCAGAGUGAGGUGUCUGUAGGAAAUAACUAAGGUGGAGAAGAGUAAAACUACAAUUUUACUGGAGAUGUGAAGUACAGUACCAUCUGUGUUGUUUAAAGCCUGGCUCGAGCUACAGUCAUUUCAUAAUUAUCGGGGUGUGUAAACCAACAGAAAUGGUGUGAAGAGUUGCUCAUAGUGGGGAAAUUAAAUUAACUUACUGAUGCCUAUAUAUACAGUACUUUAAACAAUGCAAUUGAUAAUACUGUAAAAUUAGCCCAGACAACAACCCCCCCUCCACACACACACACACACACACACA